AACAAGAAUGCUAGAAGAAGAUUAGUGUAGCCUAAUAAUUAUCACAGGCAAUAAUGAACAAAAUAAAAAACGGCUUAUGAUUGCAAAUUGAGAAAUAAGUUCCUUUAUUCAUACGCUUGGACAGACCUGUAUUCAAGCUAUCCUUUGUUAUUACGCUCUCUACUGAGACGAGAAGAGAUGGAAAUGUUUCAAUUCACUAGUCAAAUUUUGGACUCGAUUUAUUUAGAAGAAUUUUUAUACUGUACAUUCUUCUCUCAACCUUGUGCUUCUGGCGAGGCCCGAUUGUGAAAUUCAUAACUUCUAGAUACGCUUUCACACUUAUCUGUGACACACUUGUCUGUUUUCUGUUCCCACUCUAAAUUGUUCUAAAAUUCUCUUUCUCGCUUUAAACAAACAUAUAUCUAUCUUACUUUAAGUUUCAAAAGUGUAUACUAGUUCAGCCACAGAAAACAUCUAUAAUCUGACGUCGCAUGACGUCACUCAAUAUAUAAAACCGAAGUUUAAUAUUAUCAUCAGACAAUUGAUGAAGUAAUAGAUGAUCAUCGCAUAUUGCGCAUCUUGUUUUUUUCAUACUAUACUUGUUUAGUGAAAUGCUAGAAGUGAAUGAUAAAAUUAAUGCAGCAAAGAUGCUGAAAAGCGACUGCAAGAUUCAUAUGCAGGAAUCAGAAAUAUUGUUGGAACCUGUGAAAUCAUGGAAUUCACAAAUAUACAUUGAAUUCAAUGAUCUUUGUUACUCGGUUUAUUGCAAUCUCAAAGGGACUGAGAAAAUCAUUCUACAUAAUGUAACGGGACAUUUCGAACCGGGGAAAGUCACGGUGAUAGUCGGUCCUUCCGGUUCGGGGAAGACCACCCUGCUAAAAAUCAUAUCAGGCAAACAACAAGUCGAUAUUAGAGGCACCAUCACCGUCAACGGUGCUAAACAAAACAGAAAAAUAUUUCGCAAACAGGUGUGUUACGUACCGCAACAAUUCGAUCUAUUGCCAUACCUCACAACAAGAGAAACUCUUUACAUAGCAGCUCGACUGAAACUCAGCGUUAAUCAGAACACGCAAGCAAUUUGUUCCAUGGUGAACGAUAUCGCGAAACGUUUCAACUUAUCGAACUGUCUGGACACAUUGACGAAUAAAUUAAGCGGUGGUGAACGGAAGAGACUUUCUAUCGGCGUGGAAAUGUUCGUUCAGCCAUCCGUUUUUUUAUUAGACGAGCCAACAAGCGGUCUCGACAGUACGGACUCUAAUCAGCUUAUUAAUAUACUGCAUGAUAUGGCAAGAGCGAAUUGCACUGUGAUUUGUACAAUACAUCAACCCAGCAGUCAGAUGAUUUCGCUCUUCGAUAAUAUUAUUGUACUUAACCAAGGCAGAUGUAUGUAUUGCGGUCCAAAGAACGAGAUCUUAAACAUGUACAGUAUUGCCGGAUUUACGUGUCCCAACUUCUAUAACAUAAUUGAAUUUGUGCUUGAGGUAGUAACAAAACAAAGGGGUGGAGAUAUGGAAAAUCUAUACAAGAUCUGUUGUGACGAAUACGUAAAGUUUAGGUUACGCAAUAAACAUAAUGAAGAAGAAUUAGAUUUAUCGAUUAAUUUCAAACAGAAAUGUGAAACAAAAGAUACAGACGCAUCUAUAAAUAGCACAACACAAAAGAAAUCAACAUGGCAAGAGCAAAAGAUUUUAUUUUUACGAUCUUUAAUUUAUAUCAAGCGACAUACAACUUUAACAAAACUAAGAUUUGCGACACACGUCAUAGUCGCACUAUUAUUAGGGACAGUUUUCUAUAAUUUCGGUAAUGACGCGGAAAAAGUUGGCAGCAACAUCGCUUACUUAUUUUUCUGUAUAUUAUUUUUAUACUUUACAAAUGCUAUAUUGUUAGUACAAGUGUUUCCCGUUGAAGCGACAAUAUUGUUACAAGAACAUUUAAACAAUUGGUACUCUUUAAGAUCCUACUACAGUGUAAAAAUAAUAUCGGAUCUUUUAAUGCAAAUACUUUGUGCCUCAUCUUUCAUACUUAUAUCAUACUAUUUAACAGGACAGCCAAUGGAAUAUGAUAGAAUUUUACGGGUGUGGGGAAUUUUCCUGUUAAUUACAAUGCUUGGACAAACAACCGGGAUAUUUUCAGGCAUAAUAUUUGGCAGUGAGAUAGGUAUAUUUGUAAUACCGGCAAUUGGUAUACCAUUAUUGUUGUUUGCUGGAUUCUUUUCAAAAUUUGCAGAAAUGUCGAUAUACUUGCAGCCUCUAGGAUAUGUGAGCUUUUUUAGAUAUGCGUUUGAAGGAGUAAUGCAAGCGAUCUAUCUUGAUCGACCGAAUCUAAUGUGUUUAGAAAUCUACUGUUACUUGCGUUCACCAAACAAGAUUCUCACGAUGAUGGGCAUACCAACAGUUCCAUUCUAUAUAACUGUGAUAAUACUUGCUUUUUGGAUAAUCUUUUUUCACGUGAUUACUUACGUAGUACUUCUUUGGAAAAUUUAUCAUGCAAAAAAGUGAUCAUCAGUAAAAUUAAUAUUAAUAAAUUGUUUAUUCAAAUUAAUAUUCACACACACACAUAUGGAUGUGGAUCCUUUAGACGUCCACAGGAUAUCUCGUUCAGACGUUCGACGUCCAGAUUAAAGAUGACGUCCCGAUCACGUCUGGCAGACGUCUUUUGGACAUACAAUGUACUGCCUUUAGUCGUGAAUGGAUUUUUUAUGGACAUUGUUUGGAUAUAUCCCAAUGAGAAAUGAUAAUGGAAUGAAUAUCGAAUGAAUGUCGAUUCUAUUAUCAUUCUCUGAAUAUUGCGCGAUUACAAACUUGUUUAGUAGAAAAUAAUAUUUGUCAGUAAAAAUAAUGCUUUUUCGUAAUAUGAAUAAGAACAGCAUUGAAACAGUAAUACUAAUUUACAAUUUUUACGUAGAAUAUUAUUUUUUACUAAAUAAAUUUUGAAUCGCGCGUAUGGUCAAAAAAUUUA